AUGUUUCUGGCAAAGGCAUCUGCUAAAGGAACCAGAACACAGCCGCCAGGGGACCUGAAGGGAGCACUGGUUCUGGGAGUUCGUGAGUCAGCCCUGGUUAACAAAGUGUUCACAGGCUUGAACAUUUUGGUUCUCAGCUUCAUCAUCUUUUCUGGCUUCAUUAAGGGGGAUCUGCACAACUGGCAGCUCACAGAAGAGGAUUACAAAUUAAACACAUCUGGAUCCAAUGACACCUCUAGCUUGGGUCCGCUGGGUUCUGGAGGGUUUGUGCCCUUUGGCUUUGAUGGGAUUCUCCAGGGAGCAGCUAUAUGUUUCUAUGCAUUUGUUGGUUUCGCUGCCAUUGUCACUAAAGGGGAAGAAGCCCGAAAUCCUCAGCGAUCCAUCCCCUUAAGCAUCGUGAUCUCACUUUUCAUCUGCUUUUUGGCAUAUUUUGGUGUCUCGGCGGCCCUCACCCUCAUGGUGCCCUACUACCGGAUUCACCCUGAGAGCCCCUUGCCGCAGGCCUUUCUCCAUGUUGGGUGGGGCCCUGCCAGAUAUGUCGUGGCUGUUGGCACCCUCUGUGCUCUUACAUCCAGCCUCCUGGGCGCCAUGUUCCCUAUGCCUCGUGUGAUCUACUCAAUGGCAGAUGACGGGCUCCUUUUCCGGGGACUUGCCCGUAUUCAUCCCCGCACACGCACCCCCAUCGUGGCCACCUUGGCUUCUGGAACUCUUGCAGGGGUCAUGGCAUUACUCUUCAAGUUCACUGAUCUUGUGGACCUCUUGUCGAUUCAGUCCCUGCUUGCUUACUCCCUGGUGGCCUUUUCUGUCAUUGUCCUCAGGUACCAACCAGAUCAGAAUUUCAGCAAGAAUGAGAAAACAGGGGAGGAAAUUGAGAUGGAGGCUGAAGUUGACGAAAAUCCUUUGGAAUCUAUACCUGAAGCAGGAACCUCAAAGAUUCUCAAGAGCCUGUGUGACCCUCUCUACACCAUCCCCACUCUGGCAUCUGGCCAGAUUGUCUACGGAUGUGCCUUACUGCUUGUUCUCCUGCUGACCAUCCUGAGCCUUGUGCUGGCCCGGUGGCCCAGCCGCGUGUUCUCUGGAGACCCCAUGUCCACAACAGCGGCUGUGCUGCUGCUGCUGCUCAUCGUGGGGGUCACGGUCAUCAUUUGGAGGCAGCCCCAGAGCCCCGCUCCUCUUCCCUUCAAGGUCCCUGCUUUGCCUGUCCUCCCCCUGGUGAGCAUCUUUCUGAAUGUUUACUUGGUGAUGCAGAUAGCCUCUGGGAUCUGGGUCCAAUUUGGCAUCUGGAAUGCCAUUGGAUUUGCCAUAUACUUUGGAUACGGGAUCUGACACAGCUUGGAGGAGAACAGUGACCAACAGCCACCAGCCUCCACCUUCCAAAUGCUUGACAAAAACAUCCCUGGUGCUGAAUCAUCUUAA